AUGUUGCUUCUCUUGUGCUACCUUCUCUUCAAUCUUUGUGGUCUAUUUUCCCUGAUAUGCCAAGCGCAAAGUGUCCCGAAUUUGUAUGUAUUUGGAGAUUCAAUAUUUGACAGCGGCUGCAAGAGUGCUCAUGCAGCUGGUUUGAAGACUGGCUACCGGCCUUACGGCAUCGAAUGUGCUUGGCUAAGCCCAUGCAGAUUUACAAAUGGGAAGACAAUUCCAGAAAUUAUUGCUAAAUCACUUAAAAUGCGGCCGCCUGUAACGAUAGAUGAAACUGAUGUUAAUCCUGAAUGUGGGGUUAAUUAUGCAUCUGCAUCAGCUGGAAUUCUUCUUGACACAGGAAGUGCAUUUAUUUGCAUUUACUCAGAAGAUUUGGCGUGGGUUGCAUUGAAUGCAAUUCAUUCUCCCAUAAAAUUACAGUCACGGAAUUCUGAUCAAAAACUCAGUUUGAUCACUGAGUCUCGUGCGUCUCUCCGAGACGAUUCCAACGCACCAAGGCCCGUCGCGAACCGAGCACCACAGAAGCAGAACGCUCCGUUCGACGGCGGCGUGUUCACCGCGAGUUCUGUAUAG